UCACUGCCGGCCACUUCCCGCUGGAGCCGCGCGCGCUUCGGAGGGCCGAUGGACAUGGCAUCCCGAUGGCGCACAGGGCGCGCGCUGCUGGUUUCCGCGGCGCUCGCCGGGCUGGCUUCGGGCAGCGGCGGCGAAGGUGUGACCUACGUGACGGAGGAGGACACGAAGGUCUCCGCCCUGGCUAGCCAGCGCAUGGAGGAGUUCUGCGACGGGGUCGACCUGACGAACGUCGACAUAGAGGCUGGGCGGGUCAGCCUCAGGAACUCGGUGGGGAGCGAGAACAUUAUUUUGGAUGCGCUGAAGGAGGCGAACAGCUCCAGUGAGCUCUCCGACAAGUUCGAGGAUAAGGCGGACAUACGAUGGAUUGGCAGCACCGUCGGCCCCAUCGUUUUCGCGGUUGUGCUGGCGGUGCUAUGGUUCUUCUUUUGUUGGACAGCUUGCCCAUGUUGUAAGUGCUGCCGUUGUUGCGCCAAGCAGCGCCACAGACCUAAAAUCCUCAAGAUCGUCAUACUACUUUGCGUGCUCCUUCUGACGGCGUGCAUGGUCUUUUCAGUGGUGAUGGCCCUCGCCGGCAGGGAUCACAUAGACGAAGGGCUGACGGCUACGUCCUGCACGGCUGCUAGGGUCGUGAACUACACCCUGAAUGGCAAUGCGGACGAGAAUUUCAUCGGCAUGCUCCCGAUGCUGGAUAAGUUGAGCGAGAUGAAAGGGGUCCUCGCCGAUAACUCCACCUUUGUCAGCGGCGUGUUCACCAUCCUUGACGCGACCGCCGAUGUGGUCACGUCCUCCUACCUGGCCGAGCAGGCGCUGCAGCUCAUGUCGGACACCCUCGCGCUGCCUGCCAACAUGCACCCGCCAGCCCCCGUCCGAGACCCCACUGGCGCGCUGCACACGUGCCAGCUUUGCGCCACGCUGGCCGUUCCGCUCUCCCAACUCGCGACCGCGGUGGCCGACAGCUCGGGCAAGGCCAUGGCGGACGUCUACACGGAGGUGCAGACCCAGCUGGGGUCCGAGAGCCGCGCGGAUCUGCGGAUCGCCUUCGACGGGGGCGUGGGCCCGCUCCGGGACUCGGCCACGAUGAUUCGAGACAGCUUCAAGUUCUUCUUGGAGGACGAUUUCAAGGAUUACCAGGAUCAUCUCAUCGAUUUUGUUGGCUUGUGGGUGGUCGUCCUCUCCCUGCUGGUUCUGAUGCUGGCAGCAUGCGGCUGCACCUCGGCGGCUUGCUGCACUCUGAACGAGUACAGCACAAGCAAGCAGGAGGCUGGACAGAACCCUUGGAACAACAAGAUCGCGCCCUGCGCGUGCUGUUCUUGGUGCUGCGGUUGGGGCUAUGCUGUGGUGGUUUUGUUCAUCGGUGGAAUCAUGGUGGUGGUAAGCGUGCUGAUUGGCAGCGUUUGCCUGCCUCUGGACGAGUUAGAUGGGCAGCUACUCGGUGAGAUCAUGCCAGCGUUGGGCGUCGAAACCUCCAACCAAGAUGAUUUAGACAUGAUGAAGGACAUGAUCGACGGCUGCUUUUCCUUGCAGAACUCAGACGCUGCUAUCCUGAUGGACAUUCUGUUCACGCGGGACAACGGCACAAAGAUGUCCAUGAGACAGCAGAUCCAGUCACAGACAACUGAUCUGAUGAAUGCGAAGUUCGAUAUGUUGGAUGUGAAGCUUGCUAGCGGAGCGAAGCUAAUGGAGGACGCAAGCUUGCUCGAACUACUCGACCUCAUUGCGAAUAACCCAGUGGACAAUCUCAUAAUCAUUGACCCACUUUCGCUUCCGGGUACAGACUACGAGGCCAUUGUCGAAGAUUCUCGUCCACUCGCCAGCUCUUUACGAGUCGGAGCGGGGUCAUCCUUGGCGUGUUCUGAUUUCGUUUUUCAAGGCGAAACGAUAUACGGGAUUAGUACGCUGGAGGCCAAUCUGUUGUCAUUGAACAGCGGUGGAACGUCCACGCCUACAACGCCUGCUGCGGUAUGCACCGGGCAGGUCGUGUGCGACUCCUGGCCAACUGACUGCAUAGUUAGUGGUGUGAACACCUGCGAGGACGCAUGCGAUGAUGCCAACCUAUUGAUGGAUCUCAAGGCAGAGCUCAUUAAUGCCGCAACAUACCGUUGCGAUAUCUUCCAGGACGCGGCUGGGAACGAUUGUGAUCUGAAAGACAUGGCCGGCGAUGCCGAUACCGGGUACACUGGGGACUGCCUGACAAACGGAGGCGCUUCGGUGACGAGGAAACAGGUGACUUGCACACUGGCGGAGUUCAAGCAGUAUGUCCAGGAUUGGGAUACCCGUCUGCGCAACGUGUUCACUCGCGUUGACGACGUGCUCGUCGCCAAACAGGACGCAAUCUCGGUCAAUCUGAAGAACCUCGUGGCGGAAGAGAUCACAGGCCCAGUGAACAGCAUCGUCGACGGCAGCAGCUGCUCUUUCCUGAAGUCGGCGUACGCGGACCUGGUGACGGGGCUGUGCUUCCAGGGCGCGCGAGGCUUCCGGAACGUCGCGCUUUCCCAUUCCUGGAACGGCGUCCUCACCAGCAUGCUGAUCCUGGUCACCUACUCGAUCUGGCGGCACGCGGUGGACAACCGCAACAAGUGGGCGGAGGAGGCGGCAAAGGUGGGCGCCGCCGACGCCGAGGGCGCCGCCGCCAACGAGGGCAAAGGGGCCGUGGCCGCCGAUCCGCCGCCGCUCGACCCCCUGCGGGCCGGGGCCCGGCCCGCGGAGCCCGCGCCCGCCGAGCCCGCCGAGCCCGCCGAGCCCGCGGGCGGCGCGCCGGCGGAGUGACGGGGAGCGCUGCUCGGAGUGACGGAGAGCGCUGCUCGCUGCCAUCCCCGUUGCCACGGGGCGCUCCUCUCUGUGCACCGCCCGGCUGGCCCCGCCGCCCCGACAAAAAUGCCAGGGGGGAGGGGGGGGGUCGAGGCGCCGAGCGCGGGCAGGGGCGCCCGACGGGGAGGGCGAGGGCGCGGCUCGAGGCACGGGGAGCCGCAGAGGGGGAGCGGCACCAGGUGUGCCACGGCGGCCCGACACGUUUGGGGGGCGGCUCGCGUCAGCCGUCCUCUGGCGUCCCGCAGGCCCCACCCGGGAGGAAGGGGCGACGGCGGUCCCUGCCUCACUCAUCCGGGUUGCCUGCCGACUCCCUGGCACGAGUUGGACAGUGGUCAGGCGUGUGCGAUGUCUCCCUUCUGCCUCCGAGGGAAAGAACCAGAAUUCAGAGGGGGAACAGGCGCCGAAGGCGCUCACCCCUUGCCUGGUUUUCGCCCUCUGAGGCCUCCUGGGAGGCCCUCGUCGCCACGGCUCGAUUGGCCUCUGCAGACUGCCGCUCGUGAUAUGUCUGCGCUCGCCGCUCGUGAUAUACACCGAGCUCCCCAGACGCCUCGGUGCAUGGUUCGAGCGCCUCUCCGCCAACAGACCUGAGCCCAAUCGUCUGGCAGGCCUUCGCUGCGCCCGACGCCCAAUGGCGCGCGACGUGUUCCUUUCACUGCGUCCCUAGCUCGGCCCACGCCUUGCACGGUGCUUUGCGUGAGGCAGUGCAUGUGCCAGUCGCUGAUGGCUGGCAGCUCCGCGUCGGUAUCGACCGACACCGCGCCGCUGCGCCCAGUCGCCAGGCUGUUUUGCCAAGCGCUGGGCGUUGUAGGACGCCCAACGUUCUCCAGGAGCGUUGUAGGGGCGACUUCUGAAGCGCUUAUCGUUGCAGCUGAAAUGUGUUGGGUUUUUGCUCGCCCGAUGUUCAACUUCUUGUAUUUUCCAUCGCCUUCCUUGGGGAUGCGUGUUUCCCCACAUCCCAGGUGGGCUUCUUCGCGCAGACACAGGAACUAGAGCAGGAACACAUCCCAAU